AGUUCCUUUCCUUUAUUUCCCCCUUUGUCAGAAAGAUUAGGUGAAUAGGAAGCUUCUGAAGGGUGUUAUCGGUGUAUUUGCUACGGUGGCGAAUGUGAACAUUCAAUACAAUGGUGAACGCGGCUUGAAUGUGUCUCCUUUUUCGCUGGGGGAGAAGGAUCUGUGUUUUAAAACAUUUAUUCGCGAAAGAAUGGACUUUCUCGAUUCCUUUUCAAUCAAACGAGGGCUCGUUCGGCUUUGGUAAUCCCCUCCCACUUUCCGGAAAGGUUCCACAGUAAAGGAAUAGCCACUGACAAGCGCUGACUGAAAGUGUCCAGAAGGAAUCUGCAACUCAUUGAGAAGCUCUUAGUACAGUGUGGACAUCAUGAGUGACCCCAAUAUUGAAGACGCAAACACAGCUGUGAAUGAAUUGUGUUGUGAGUGUGGCCAGACUCACAUGGUGCUAGAGAACCACUUGUACGAUUAUCAGGAUGAAGUGGAUGAUGAACUAGUUUGUCACAUUUGCCUCCAGCCUUUGCUGCAGCCUCUGGACACCCCAUGCGGCCACACAUUUUGCUUCAAGUGCCUGGAGAAUUUCCUGCAAGAACAGGAUUUCUGCCCAAUGGAUCGUAAGAGGCUUCACUUCCAGCACUGUCGGAAAUCCAGCCUUCUGGUGCGGAACCUCCUUGAUAAGUUGAUUGUUUUCUGCCCUUUUCGAUUGGACUGUGGGAAGGUGAUGCAACGCUGUGAGCUGGACCCUCAUCUCCAGAAUAGAUGCCCAGGUCUGACAAAACACAGAGUUAAAAUUGAAAACAAGAGACAGUCUAGCUUGAAGACGAACCAAGACGUUGCAUCAGAUGAUGCAACAAUAGCUGCAGAAGGUUCUGCAGCUGCUGUUGUUUCACUCCGCACAGCUGAGCCUGGACUUGUGAACCCUGCUUUUGAAGAAGAUCGUGAAGAAGAUGACUUGCCUCGAUUGUCCAGCCUUUUAGCAGAAACUACUGUUGUUGAAAUUCAACGCGUAGAUCCUCUGGAGGAGCUGGGAAUUCAAAUAGUUGGGGGUAAAGAUACACCGCUGUGUAACAUUGUGAUUCAGGAGAUUCUUCGUGACAGCAUUGUUGCUAGAAAUGGAAAACUUGCACCUGGAGACCAUAUAACAGAGGUGAAUGGUGUAAAUAUCACCAGUGUUCCACACAGCUAUGCCAUCAGUGUACUGCGGAGGCCCUGCUCUGUAUCACGGCUCACAGUGCUUCAAGAAAGAGGGUUUGCCAUUCGAGGAUCUUCUCAAGAAAGGAAUAGCAGUAACAGCAGCCACAAGCAGACUCUGAAUGUAAUUUUGCACAAGAGGGACAGAGGCGAGCCGCUGGGCAUUAAACUAAUUCGAAAGCCAGAUGAGCCUGGAGUGUUUAUUCUGGAUCUACUGGCAGGUGGCCUAGCUGCUCGGGAUGGAAAGCUGCGAAAUAAUGAUAAAGUGCUUAUGAUUAAUCAGCAGGACCUCAAAAAUGGAACGCCAGAAAUUGCAGCACAGAUAAUACAGUCCAGUGAGGGAAAUGUUAACUUUGCGGUCCAGAGAUACACUGACCACCAGAGCCCGGAAAUUAUUGAUGAAGCUGGAUCAAGCAACAGCAGCCCCUCACGUCAUCGCAAUAAAUCACUGCAGCAUCAUUGCCGUCGACGCUCACACUACCAAAAGGAUCUAUCACAGCCUUCAAUGUGCCAGGAGAAGACAGUUCCAGUGAGAAAGGAGCCUCGUGAGUCUCUGGGAAUAACUAUUUCAGGCGGCCGUGAAAAUAAAUAUAAGGUUCCAAUCUAUGUGACUAGCAUCCAGCCUGUGGGCUGCCUCUACAGGGAUGGCAGAAUCAACAAAGGAAAUGUGCUGCUGAGCAUAAACGGGGUGGACCUCACACAGUUGAGUUACAAUGAGGCGGUGUCGGUUCUCAAGUUGAACGCAGCCUCCUCUACAGUGGUGUUGAGGGUUUUGGAAUUCCCCAACAUUGAGACAUCAUCAGCAGCAGAGGAGCUUCUGGAGGCAGGCAAGGAGAAUGAUUAUGAUUGGUCCCCUCUGUGGGUCAUGUGGCUUGGGUUACCAAGUUACCUUCACUGUUGCAAUGACAUUACUCUACAGAAGAGUAAUAACGAAAGCUGGGGAUUUAGCAUCGUUGGGGGCUUUGAGGAAAGCCAAGACUACCAGCCUUUCUUUAUCAAAACCAUUGUACCUGGCACACCAGCGUACUUUGAUGGAAGACUAAAAUGCGGGGAUGAGAUUGUUGCUGUAAAUGGGGUCUCCACUGCGGGCAUGAGCAAUUCGGCUGUAAUUCCAAUGUUGAAGGAACAGAGGAACAGAGUCACUCUCACUGUCGUCUCCUGGCCAGGAAGUCAUGUAUGAAAGUAAAAUGACAAGACAUUUGCCUCAAAAGCCUUAAUCAUGAAACUGGUGGAGUGCAAAUUAGAAAACAAGAAACCAUCACAAUCCAUGGUCAAGCAGAGAAAUACCAGAUUACCAAAGUGCAUUUGUUAAACCAAUCUUUGUCCCCACAGGCACACCUAUGGAUUUCACUUUUCUCCAGCUUCAGUUUAAAAUAAUUUGUGAAGGCAGUGAUUGGAUCAUGAGGGAAAAAGUCAGGCCUACUAUAAAUUUCCAAAUGGAUAUCCAAAGUAUGAGCACCUGCAUUCAAUAAUCUUACAAAUAGAAUCAGUUAUUUUACAGUCAUAUAAAUUAACUUUACACAGAAGGAUGACGUGGCUGAAAUGCUGUCAUAACCAGGAUGAUACAUCCUCUGAUUUUGCUACUGACAAUUUAAACACAGACUUACUACUAAAUAUUUCUUUUAGAGCAGAAUGCUAACCUCAAUGAUUAUCAUCAACACUGUCAAGUCAGGCUUCAUAUUCAGAUUACACUUUUCUCAGAUCUCUAUUGUGGCAAUGAAAUAAAUCCUGGGGUUAUCUUAUCUGUCCACUGGAUACCACAGGAUAUUGCACCAUCAUCUCGAAGCAGUUUGAUUUUGAGAAGACUUUGUGCUAAAGCCACAAUGAACAUUCCAACAUGGUGGACAUUAGUACCUGGGUUCAUGUAAAUGAAUACAAAUCAGGGGAAAAUGUAAAGAUUGUAAUCUCUAGUUUAAGCUUGCUAGAAUCAAUAUUGUUAAUUAGGCAGUAAAAUCACCAGUCAGUGUUUUCUUGAAACAACAAAUGUGCGUGAUGUAGUCCUUCAGGUUCUUGUAAUGUAACAUGGUUCUUGUUUACAACUGAAAAAAAAAUCAAAUCUGAUCUAUUUUCACGCUCAAGCUUUUAAAAAUGCAGAUGUGAUUGAAAGCUAGAUUAUGAAACCUAAGAUUUUAUUUAGUUCAUUACUGCCUUAAAGGGUUGUACAACUGAUUGUGAACCAUAAGUAUAAAUAUAAGCUUUAGAAAAUGUCUGAUUUUAUAUAAAUGUUGGAGUUGAUGAAUUCUGAAUUUAAAUAUGUCCAUUGAACAUAAACUAUAUUUAGAAAAA